UAGCUAUCGAUAGAGCGGCGGACAAAAUUUCCAGCCAUGACGCACCCGAAAGCAGCACUCGCUCCCACACUGUGAUACCCCGCGCCUGCCCAUCAUGCCCACCGAACUCGAAGAGCUCGUCGAAUUCCUCCACCAUGGCAACACGCAGAUCCGCCAGAUCGCGGCCGAGAACCUGGUGGGCUUCUCGACAGCCCAGCCCUCGCUAUUCAAGCGCAACCAGCUCGAACCUAUAAAAGACCUGAAACUGCUGGUUAAGGACUACACCCCAAUUGCCAAGAAUGCGCUCACCAUGCUCAUCAACCUGUCGGACGACGAGGAAGUGCGGAAGUCGCUGGUUGAAGACAAUGCCCUCCUCGAGACGAUCCUGCUGCGCAUAACAAGCCCCAAGGAGCCCACCGCGAACGAGCUCGCAAUGCUGCUCGCCAACAUGGUCAAGUCGGACGAGAUGAAGAAGCUGUUGACGCUCGAGCGCGGCGUGCCCAAGGAGCUGUCGACGUCCAAGGUGGCCAUGGACCAGCUGAUGGACUGCUUCGUCAAGGGCGCCGAGGGCCGCUACAACAAGCACGCUGACUACGACUACCUGUCGUACGUCUUUGCCGACAUGGCCAAGCACCCCGAAGGCCGCAAAUACCUCACGACGGCGCAGCCGUACGACGCGGACAUCAUCCCCAUAACCAAGCUCACAGUCUUCACGGAGCACAAGUCGACGAUCCGGCGGCGGGGCGUAGCGUCUACGCUCAAAAACGUGUGCUUCGACACCGAAAGCCACGCGACGCUGCUGUCGCCGUCAGCGGUGAACAUACUCCCAUACAUUCUGCUGCCGCUCAUGGGGUCGGAAGACUACGCCGACGAAGACACGGACGGCAUGCCCGAAGAAGUGCAGCUCCUGCCACCAGACAAGACGCGCGAGCCGCAGCCCGACAUCCUCGUCAUCCACCUCGAGACGCUGCUGCUGCUGACGACGACGCAAGAGGCGCGCGAGGACCUGCGAGCCCGCAAGGUCUACCCUGUUGUGCGCGAGUGCCAUUUGCAGGUCGACAAUGAGGACGUGCAGGAGGCGUGCGAUCGCGUCGUCCAGAUUGUCAUGCGCAAGGAGGAGGGCGAGGAGGAGGAUGUGCCCGAGGGCUUCCCCAAGGUGCAGGAGGUGGAUGAGGAGGAGCAGGUCGUGCAGAUUCUGUAGAGGCUUUGUUUCUUUCCUUGGGGGGUGGGGUUGGCCGCAUGCAGCAAGUGGGCGCCUUGUGCAUGAACAAUGGAUAAAGAAAUAAAAGCGCUUU